UGUACUGUCUUCUGAAUUAGUUUGUAUCCAUAUCACGAGUUGCGCAUUUAACAGCGUAGGCCCUAAAAGGGAUCCCUGGGGCACCCCGCUUUAAAUCGACCACUGUAGAUCUUCUAAUCAAGACUUACCCAUAUGAAAUAUAUAGUGUAGCGAAUAUUCUAGAAAUCCCGAUAGUCAUCGGUGAUAAGAAACCAGAACGGAUGUGACGCAUUCUUUCCGGGAAAUAUGACGUGUUUGUUCGAGAAGAUUCGGGAGUGUUCGAGAACUUUCGAGAAAGAUGGGCGUUUGCUAUAUAAGCAAAUUAAAUUGUGCUUCAGGGAGUUCUAACAGCGUUGCCGAAGUGUUAUGUUAUAAAUUGGUUCCACUCCAGCGGCAGAACUUCCAAGGGGGGUCUCGCACCACAUCUGCGACGAAAGUGAGUUCUCUUGGAAAAGGGCUUCACUGGAGCAGCGGGACCUAGUUCUGUUGAAACGGAGGGGGGCUCAAUCCCUCGCUAUUGAUUUCCAAGGCGUAAGAGGUCAGGUGGAGGACUCUCUUUAUUGUAAGAGAGACCGCCAACUGAACCAUACGAUUUAUGUCGAUAGACGAAUCGAGUCUUAUCUAAUGACUGAUAUCUGUUUCAGGGAUUUCGUAGCUCUAAGACUUCUGCUGAAACGUGACAUAUGGGGACAGCGAGCAGGUACCUACUUGAGUUCUGAACCUGGUUGCGAAGGAAAGGGGGUAGGCACAAUGGGUCUUAGGUGGGCCUAAGUGCUGCUGAAUAGAAUAGAAAGCAUGAACUAUUGCAAACAAAUCCGCCAUUUUGUUUAAUUACUCCACGGGGGUGCGAGUAACAGUUUGCAAUCAGUACGAGUGACGGUGCGCCACUUACAACCCCACAAUCUUCUCAAUAUCCCAUCGAGAUUGAGCACAAGAUUGUGUUUUGUAUUUUGUGUAGCGAAUUUUCUAGAGCGAUAUCAGAGCGCCGUCAAGUUGAGGUAUUAGUCACCAGCGAUAAGAAAAAAAGCGGAUGUGACACGUUCUUUCCAGGAAGUAUGACUCUCGAAGCUUUUCGUUUGCUAUAUAAGCAAAAUGAAUUAUGUUUAAUGGAAGUUGCAAUAUCGAUGCCGAAGUGAUAAAUUGUGAAACUGGCGCUCGUGUCGUAAAUUUCAGUACAAGUGAUAAAUGAUAAGUAACUCAUGGUGAAACGCGAGUUAGUGCCAAUGCGUCCGCUAGUCCGGUGUGUACAGUUCGGUUUAACCCCUUCGCAGACCUACCUACCCUGUAUGCAAGAAAUUCUCAGAUUCUGGAUAAGUGCUACUUUCUCAAAACUCGAACAUCGAAAAGGCCGCGAUCACAACCCCUUUUGGGCCAUCAUCUGAGUUCCCGAUGAUGACGUUUGGAUCCAGGAAUGCGACGCAAACUUUCCAAUGCUUUAUCAAUCAAGAUUCUCAAGGAUCCACCAUUUGCUUAUCUCGACGACGUCCUAGUAGCCUUGUCUGAUAUAUGGAGCCACUCACAGGGCUCAAGUGGAGGAAGUACUCCAACGAUUUGAACAACACGACCUCACAAUUAACGUGGCUAAAUGUGAGUGUGGUGUUUUUGGCAAUGUACAUCUCAAGCGAAGGUGCGACACCCGAAUAUUCUUUGCAUAUCUUGCAUCAGGAGAAUAUAAUGUGCGAGGCAUUCAUGUUCUUAAUACACGGCAUAUCGUUUAACAAACGAAAUGAAAAAUACCAUUCCGAAAUACAUUGUUAAUUAGCCGGACGUUCUCCAGUCCAGAAGGUAUCUAAGGUCCUGGAUACGGUAACCUUAAACUAAAGCUGUAUUUUACAAUGAAUGAAGUACUACUUUUAUACCUAAAAACAGUGACACUGUUGUAAAAUGACAGCAUUGUAUUUAAGUUAAUGGUUAGAGAAGGACGGCUAAUGUAUUUCCAGCAGUGACUCUAUAUUGACCAACGGGACUAUGCUUGCGCUUGAAUCUUGAUAUACACUACACAAUAUCGUACUAAAUGGAAUUUUUUCUGUGGCGACAUCUAUCUAAACGAAGUUUGGCAGAUGAGAUCUGUAAACUGUAUAUGUCAUUUUUUUAAAUUAUAAGUGCAUAAUUGACGACCUAUAAUAAAAACGAUUUUUAAUUCAUAAUAAGUGUCUAACGAACUAUUUGAAAGACAAUUUUGUAUUGUAAUUGAUACGUGAUUGUGACAAAACGUAUAUUCCCCGUACAUCCAGAAUGUUCAAUACCGAAAAUAAGGAAAAUAUUAAUAGCCUGUUCACAGUAUAUUCUUUUCUGAAUAUCCUUGGAAUACAUGCGAGACGAACGUAUAUAUUCAUAGAAAAUUCUACGGAUCUAGCAAGUCCAAUAAUAUCCAAUGUUAUCUGGAUAUAUUUUGAAAUUACCGUACUUAAAGGCGAGGCCGAGUUCAUGAAUCUUUCUAAAACGUUGCCAGGUUAAUUUUAUUUCCGUGUUGUUACAGUGUGAAGUUGGCGCGGGGUUAGCAGAGUAGAUGAUGGUGGUUACUGCGGACGAUGUGCAGAAGAACCGUAGCGGAUAAUGGGAAGAUUAUAUAAUGACUUUAUAUCUAUGAUCUGAAUUUCCAUAGAAAUGAUUUGUGUCAGUUCUACAAAGAUAUUGAUAUAUAAAGGUACAUUCAUUACUUAUUUUGAGGUUGUGGGUGACCUGUCUAGUUAUCGCUUUGAUGUAAGAUACGCCACUGGAGUACGUGACCGCCAUCUAUUAUCCAAUGUGAUCAACACUUGGAAUUUCUUUAAAAAUGAGUAAAAGGAAGAAUCCUUCCGACGAAAGCAACCCAAAUCACGAAUUUUGCGAAUUUUUAUCAGAGCUUGCCGAAUACGAGAAGAACGUCAACCGGAACAUUUACAAGUACAGUGCCUAUCGGAAAGCCGCCAGUGCCCUUUCGUCACAUCCAAUACGAAUAACAUCAGGAAAAGAGGCCCGAGCCUUACACGGUGUCGGUGAUAAAAUCGCGAAGAAAAUCGACGAGUUCCUACAAACUGGAAAAUUGCAAAAAUUAGAGAAUAUCCAUAAUGACGCCUCGAGUGUAGCCAUCAAUCUACUAACUCGCGUCUCCGGAAUCGGGCCGGCCAAAGCGAGACAGCUGGUCGACGACGGCAUAGCGACCCUAGAUGACCUAAAGAAGAACGUCGAUAAACUGAACCACCACCAGACGAUCGGACUGAAACACUUCGAGGACUUCGAGAGGAAAAUUCCCCGUUCCGAAAUUGAAUCGAUCGAGAAGAUUUUACGAGAGGAAAUUUGCAAGUCGGACGCCGAGUAUAAGAUAACAAUUUGCGGAAGUUACAGACGCGGUAAGUCGGAGAGCGGCGACAUUGAUACGUUGAUUACGCAUCCGUCGUUUACGAGUAAAAGUUCUAAAAGCGAUCUGCUAGAGGGCGUCGUGCGAACGCUGGAGAAGUGCGGGCUGAUUACCGAACGGCUUUCUCUCGGGAACACUAAAUUUAUGGGCGCAUGCAAACUCGAAAACCUUCCGACGAGACGUCUCGACAUUCGUCUGACUCCGUGCGAUCAGUACUACUGCAGCGUGCUUUACUUUACCGGCUCCGACAUGUUUAAUAAGGACAUGCGGGCGCACGCGCUCGAGGCCGGAUUUACGUUGAACGAGUACACGCUGCGACCGGUUGGUACGACCGGUGUUCCGGGGGAGCCUCUGGAGAUUAAUUCCGAGGAGGACAUUUUCGAUUUCAUCGGGUAUCCGUAUAAGACGCCAGACGAACGCAGUAAAUAAUGCGGAGUCUUUUCGGGAAAAAUUGUCUUUCUUUUUCUAUGUAUUAUACUUUUAGUGUUAGAGGGAAAUAAAAACAAAGCGGCCGUCUUUAAAGUCUCA